AUGUCCAAAGACGAAACUCUAGACCAUGUGGUCAACUCGCCAAAGGCCGCUACAGCAGAGAAUGACCUCCCUGAUCUAUGGCACUCGCUCGUCCACUGGAAUGACCUGCCGCAUUGGAUGCAAGACAACCAGCAUAUACACGGACAGUAUAGGCAGGCCUCGUACAGCUACAGCAGGUCCGUGCAGAGCAUUAUGCAUUGGCAUAAUGAAAGUAUCAACAUCUGGUCCCAUCUGGUCCCGGCGAUCUUCAGUCUACCUAUCGCAGCCGUCCUGUUCAACGUCUUGCGGCCUCGCUACGAACAGGCAUCACUGCCCGAUUUGAUAGCCAUGGGCUGUUUCUUCCUUGGUGUUGCCUGCUGCUUAGGGCUAAGUGCCUCCUAUCAUACGGUCUCGAACCAUUCUCCCCGAGUUGCGAAAUUUUGGAACCAACUAGACUAUGCCGGUAUUUCAAUCCUCAUCGCUGGGUCCUUCAUUCCCAGCGUGUAUUAUGGAUUUUGGUGUCAUAGUGAACGACAGUGGACGUAUUGGUCCAUGGUAAUACCAUAA